UCAUGACUAAAAAAAAAAUCAGAUGUUUUACCGCAAAAGAAAAAUCCACCGUGCUCACCACCAUGCCAGGACACGUUCCAUUUUCAGGCUACGGCCGAAACAACCGGGAAAAAGGCUCAGCAGUUCACAAGAUAGAAAUGCCUUACUAUAUGUUUUAUUUACCUGUAGCAAGUCGCCGCGAUAAAAAGGAAAGAGUAUCACUGCCACUGUUCCACAUAAACGUCCGUAAGCUAGUAAUCUUUCUCUUUAGAUGUAUAGAACGCAAGAGUUAAAGCUAAGAAGAACAGUGGUUAAGCAACUGAGCCCUUGCUUAAGGCAUGGUGGGUCCUACGUGUCAGCGCGUACUUUAUUACACCGCACGGUGUGCCGCAUUAUUUGUCACGCUAAAGCAUCGCACCAUCCACCAUGGAUGCCUGGGAGAACAUGACGGAUAAACAAUCCCGCUGGACAAUGACACGCGGGCCCAGCGCUAUAGUAUUUUCCAAUUAAUUCGGCCCACUUUCCGGAGGAGACCCCCUCGAAACCUCAGAAUUGCCCGAUCGGGCUUGGUACGCGGUGCUUCCAUUUCCGAAGAUUUUAAAAAGCGAACCAGAUAAAGAAAGUGGGCAGAAAAAUGGGGAAGAAAAAGACGAAAAGAUGGGGGCCGAACCAGAACCAAAACCUAGACGAACCACACAGAGAUAGAUAGGCAGAGAGGGGAAGGGAAUAGGCGGGCGGGACGAGGCCAAAACAGACCAACCAAACCCUAGCGCACCUCACCGUCCAUGGAGGCGGCGCUAUGAGCCCUCGCCGUGGUCACCGCGUCGACGUGGCAGCGAUUGGGCGGAGGGGAGGCGGAUGGCGGCCAGAUCGGACGAUCCCGAUGUCUCGCCGGAGUCGUCGUCGCCGGCGGCGGCGGCCGGCGGCGAGAUCUGGGGGACGCUCGAGGAGCUGCUGCUGGCGUGCGCCGUGAGCCGCCACGGCACCGCGAGCUGGGAGUCGGUGGCGUCGGAGGUGCAGUCGCGCAGCCCGUCCGCCGCCGCGCGCCUCACGCCCACCAGCUGCCGCCUCCACUUCCGUCUCCUUCACCGUCGGUUCGCCGCCGGCGCCGGCGAGGACGGAGGCGGGGAACCCGACCCUUCCGCCGCCGUCUACGACGCGUGGGUGGAUGAGCUCAGGAAGUUGCGGGUCGCCGAACUCCGCCGCGAGGUCGAGCGAUACGAUCUCUCGAUCGGGUCGUUGCAAUCAAAGGUGAAACGGCUAAAGGAGGAGCGGGAGAGGAGCCUCUCCGGCGAGACCACGCCGGCGUUCAAGGAUGAACGGGAGACAGGGAACGAGUCGCCGGAGGAGGCCGGCGGUGAGAACGGCCUCUCCGGCGAGGUGUCUGCCCGGUCAUGCAAGGAGUCAAACUCGUCAGAUCUGAAGGCACCACCGGGGCACGACUCCGGCGGUGCCGCCGCCGACGGCGACGCGGAGGUAAAGGAUGAGCCGGCCGAGGGCGAGGUGGCCGCGAAGGACGAGGCCUCCGGCGAGUCGGCGGCCGGGUCUAAAGAAGCCGACGCGGGGAAGGAGAGCAGCGACGUGCAGAGCUCGGCCAGCCCUUCCCGGAAACGGCGUCGCCGGCUACGGAAGGUAGGAGGCGGCGACGUGGCAUCCACGUCGGCGCCCGUGCCCCUCCCCGCUGCGGAGGCCGAGCCGCUCCUCGCACUCCUCGAGUCGGUCCGGACCAGCAAGUCCGGCGCCGUGUUCGAGCGGCGGCUCGAGAGCCAGGAGAGCGGCAAGUACAAGGGCACCAUCAGGCGCCACGUGGAUCUGGAGAUGAUCAGAUCCAGGCUGGAAUCCGGUGGGGCCGCUUGUGGGCCUGACAGCGCGUGCUACGCGUCGGCCUCCGAGUUCUACCGCGACCUGCUGCUGCUAUGCGCCAACGCGCUUGUCUUCUUCCCGCGCGGCUCGCCGGAGCACGCUGCCGCGACCAGGACCCGCGCGCUCGUCUCCAAGCGCAUGUCCGCGACUCUUCACAGAGACGGCCUCGGGACGGCGGGGAAAGCUACUGCCCUGGUCGGCGGCGCCUCCUCGGCUGACGGCGCCAAGAAGGCCAAGGCAGAUGCUGAGGUCGCCGGUUCGCUCCUUGAGAAGGCUGCGCCGAUCAUUGUUUGCCGGAAGCGGAGCUCCAUCGCGAAGGCUGCUGCUGCUAACAAGGAGAAAGUGGAGAAGGAGGACACGGAUGAGGAUGAGGAGUUUGACGACGGAAAGAAGAAGGGAAGCGCCAAGGACAAAACCAGGGGUAUGAGGACCAACAAGGGUCGGGCUCCUGUCAGGAACGCAGCUCCUAAUCAGAAAACGGGGAAGGCUUCGGAGAGUGCGGCUGCCGAGAGGACGAAGAAAUCUGACAAGAUGGUUGGCAGUGGAAGUGGCAGCGGAAGCGGUGGUGGCAAGGCGGCUGCAGCAGCUGGUGGCGUCAUCAAGAAGCGGAAUGCGGUGGACUUCCUGAAGCGGAUGAAGCAGAACUCAGUGCCGUCGACGGAGAGAGUGUCUCUGCUAGAGACACUGAAGCUCUCCGCGACAGAACAGAAGAAGGCUGCCAAGGCCGAUGGUCGGAAAGAGCCGGGCAGCUCCUCCGGCUCCAAGAAGGCUACUGCCGAGACAGCGUCAGGAGGGAGGAGAAGCGUUGGCCGGCCGCCGAAACGGGCCGCUGCGCCUCCGACGCCUCCACCAUCCAAGAGGGCGAAGGACGACCGGCCGACGAGGAAGCGCGGGAAAAAGUGAGUUAGUGGAAGACGUCAGGAAGCGACGGAGUCUCAGCUGUGUGUACAUGUUGUAGGGUAGGAGCUCCUGGGUCUUUUGAUUCCAGUGUUGUAGGAGAUGGGGCGAUGGAUGGGUUCUACUCUUUUGUUUUGGAAUGGGGGGUGUACGAAACUGAGUUGCGCGUCUCUCUUCUCGUGGGACUCGGGAAACAGUGCUCCCCUUUGAACUGUUGUCCUGUAUGUUUUGGGCUAGAAUUCGGAAAUUUUAUACUAGAAGCACAACGAUCAAAAGAUUGAAAAAAAGAUUCUUUAA